AGGCACGACGCUAGCUGCAGUUCGUCUUGGAGUUGGUGCAGUGCAGAAUCAAAACAAUGUCCAUCGACUGCCAGAAACCACGCGUUCCUCAAAUUUGUUGAAAAAUUCUACCAAUCCGUUGUAAUCUCGGAGUGAUUUGCUGUGGGAGGUCAUUGGAAGCAAUAGUUACCGGGUUUCGGUGCCACCGAAAAUGGAUUUCGCCAAAAAUAUACUGCAAAAGUAUGGCUGGAAGGAAGGCGAUGGUUUGGGCAAAAACGCUGACGGUAUCGUGAAACCGAUCAAGGCCAGCUUCAAAUUCAACAGUUCCGGUCUGGGCUCGGAUCAGGCCAAAGAUCUCACCAACAACUGGUGGGAUCGGGUGUUCAACGAGGCAGCAAACAACAUCGAGGUGGGUCCUUCGGGAAAAAUCACUCAAAAGGAACAGGAUGCCGUAGAGAUUUCCAACAAGAGCUACUCGGUCAAGAAACUGAAACAAAAAACCGCCGAUGGAAAGGCCAACUACGGUGGAUUCCUUAAGGCGUCCACCUUGCUGACGAACGUCGGACGGGAGGAGGAUAUCGAAGGCCACGUCCAAACUGAGGACAUCGAAUUCAAAGCGGCCAAAGUUCUGACUGACGAGGAACUGUUUGCGGCCUGUGGAGGUCGAACCGCCCACAAAGGAGCCCGCCACGGGUUGAACCUCACAGGCAAGCUAGCUCGCAUCGAAGCGCAGAACAACAAACUCCUUCAGGAGCUGGAAUCCAAAUCAUUCGAGAAGGUCAUCAAAAGCAACGACUGGCAGCAGGUUCAGAAACGCAAAAAGUCCAAAAAGAAGAAGCGCAACGAGGAACGGUGGAACGAACGGCACCAGGAAGAGGAAGAAGACGACCUGAAGGAUAUGGUCCACAAUGCCAACUACGUGGUCAAGAAGAAUAAAAAGAAGGCCAAGGAGGAACAGCGGAUGGAGAGCGACCUGGUGGACGAACUGAGCGAGUCGAUGGGACUGUUUGAUACAUUGCCGGAAGAGGACGGUCACGAACCGGAACCGGGUCCAAGCAUCGAGGACGAAUUGGAUGUGCUGAGCGAAAAGAUCCGCAAGCUCGAUCACAAUUCGGUGGUCAUCAAAAAGAAAGAUAAGAAAAAGAAGAAAAAGGCGAGAGCCCAAGAGGAAGACGAAGACGGAGGGGAAGACCAAUCGAUGGAUCCGUCGGCAAAGUAUAAGAAAAACUACAAGAAGGAACAGAAGCUGAACAAUGUGUUGCUACGGGAACUGGUGGACCACGAAGUCGAACCGGAGAAACCCGUCAAGCCCAAGAAGCUACUGAAGUCGGACUCAGAGGCGUCGGAUAGCGAGGAGGACGUGGUGGCGCGAAUCCAAGCGGAUCGCGAAAAACUCCAGUCCAAGAUUCCGAAAAUCAAGGUUAGUGAGCUGACCGAGGAGGACCAGCAGACGGUGGCGGAGAAGUUCAAGGAAAAGCACCGGAACGGUCUCAAGCGGGUGAACCGGCACAAGGCCAAGAAGAAGAAGAGCAAACGGAAGGCCCGGCAGUUGUCCAAGCUGGCCGACGUCCUAGAGAAGCUGUAGCGGGUGCCGGUGGUGUGUUCACAGGUCUGGGCUUCCGACUGGGAGAGGAGAUGUUGGGGGAAAUACACAAAGCAAUUGCAGAUAAGCCUUUUAGUUUGCUGAGAAGAUCUCCGAAAUCUUGGUUUUGAAUUAUUUUUGUCGUCGUCAUCGUUGUGAAGUACGCUUUUGCUAUAUUAGAGUAGAUUUUACUCGAUUCAAUAAACGUUUAUUGAAAGUCUUUGAAUUCAA